GUGGAUAAGAAUUGAAGGUAAAAUUUUAUUUAAUUUUUGAAAUUAUUAAGUAGUUUUCUAGUAAUUAUUUAUUUGUGAAGUUCUUUCUUAUCUGCAUUUUGUACUAUUUAUAUAGUAAUAUAAAUAUUAUAAACAAUGACUGACGUAGAAAAGUACGAGGAGUUGCCUACCAAUGAUGCCCUAGCAAUCGGGUUAUCUACGGAGUUGCCAGAAAUCAAACUCUUUGGUCGGUGGAAUUGUGAAGACGUUCAUAUUAAUGAUAUGUCUCUUCAAGAUUAUAUUGCUGUUAAAGAAAAAAAUGCUAAAUACCUACCUCAUUCCGCGGGUCGUUAUGCAGCUAAGCGGUUUCGUAAAGCUCAGUGUCCUAUAGUAGAACGUCUGACAAAUUCUCUUAUGAUGCAUGGAAGAAAUAAUGGAAAAAAAUUGAUGGCUGUUAGAAUAGUGAAGCAUGCUUUUGAAAUCAUUCAUUUACUUACCGGUGAAAAUCCACUACAGGUAUUAGUUACUGCUAUAAUCAAUUCUGGACCGAGAGAAGAUUCCACCAGAAUUGGACGAGCUGGUACUGUUAGACGUCAAGCAGUCGAUGUUUCGCCUCUUCGUCGUGUUAACCAAGCAAUUUGGUUACUAUGCACUGGAGCAAGAGAAGCAGCAUUUAGGAACAUCAAAACUAUAGCAGAAUGUUUGGCUGAUGAAUUAAUCAAUGCAGCUAAAGGGUCUUCAAAUUCAUAUGCUAUAAAGAAAAAAGAUGAACUUGAACGUGUAGCCAAAUCUAACCGAUAAAUGUAAAAUAUUUUCACACUUAGAAAAUAAAUGUGACUAUCGUACUUUAUAAUCAGUGUUAACACUUAAUAGUAACUAUCAUUAAAGAAACUUUCUUUAAACAUUAUAGAAAGCCUAUUUAUGAUUAGGACGAGAGUUCUUUUCAUAUAAAAACAGUUAUAGUAAAGUCGAUCUUGCAUUUACUUGUUACCGUGAUUCUUGUUAACGUGCUUGAAUUAACUUGUCCAAAUAUUGGAUAUUUUUAAUUUCUAAACUGAC